CCAAUGUAGUUACUAUUGUUAUAAUAUAGUGAAACCUUUACUGCAAUAUAUCUCCACGACAAAGACCAAGGAACAGCGGUACGAGGAACUUCUAGUUAAAGUUCAUAGCCUUGAAAUGACAAAUAAACGAAUGGAAAGUACCAUUAUAGUUCAAGAAAUAAAACUGGAGAAACAACUCGAGUUAGAAAAAGUCUAUAAAGAGAAAAAUGUAAAUAGCGAAGAGUUGAUUAAGGAAAAAAAUAAACAAAUACUAGAGUUACAAAGUCAGAUAUUGCAGAGUCCAAAAUCAGAAACGGAUUUAAAGCCCUUAAGGAAUAUAAUUGAAAAUAAAGUUUUGGGUAAAAGUGCAAAGAUGCAAUCGGAAAAUUCGAUAAAUGUGAAUUUGCAUUCUGCAAUUAAAGAAAAUCCAUUAAUUGAGUCCUCUGAUAAGGCACAAUUAAACGCAAAUGAAAAUAAUGUGCUUAUUUCCCAGAUUACUAUACUGGAAACUGAUAAGCCCUCAGAAAUAAGAAAACCCAAGGGAACUGAGCUUUAUUUCGAUCAAAAGUUGAGUAAAAAUUGUAUAGGUAAAUCAUCAGAUGUCUACAUGUUCAAAGUACCCGGCAUUGAGCACUUUCCGAUACCCUGUGAUUCAACUUUAGCUGGCUCCGGCUGGACAGUAAUUCAGCGUCGUCAAGAUGGUACUGAGAAUUUUAAUCGCAAUUGGACAGACUAUCGUAUGGGUUUCGGGGACUUGCGUAAUGAGUUCUUUAUCGGACUUGAGAAGCUGCAUCUUAUUACAAAUUCACAACCACAUGAAUUAUAUAUACAUCUUGAGGAUUUUGAAAGCGAAAGUCGACAUGCACGGUAUAAUAAUUUCGUCAUAGGCAAUGAAAAGGAAUCCUAUGCAAUCAAGUCUUUAGGAGAAUAUUCUGGAAAUGCUGAGAAUGCACUGUUGGGUCACAAGGAUAUGAAAUUCUCUACACCUGAUCGAAACUUUAAUAAAGAGCUCGAUUGUGCAGAGAAUUUUAAGUCUGGCUGGUGGUUUAAUCAAAAUUGCUAUUUAUGUAAUCUAAAUGGACAAUACAUCAUUCAGAAUGUUGAAAAUUCAAAAGCAGUUGAAUGGAGAACUUGGCAUUUUAAACCUUUAAAGUUUGUUCAAAUGAUGAUCAGACCUAAUCGUAUAAAAUAAAAUGAAAAAUUUAUUUUUUAUAAUUAAAGAUUCUUGAAUCUUAAGAGAAAUAAUAAACAGCUAAAGACGUAA